AUGGCGGUCAACCAGGUUCUCACUUGUCAGUCCCUGUCGCUGGGCGAAGAGAUCAGAAGUCUCAGCCCAAUGGGAGCAGCACCGGAUUUUGUACUGGAGGAGCGCCCUCUAAAAACAGGGGCCCUCGCCGACCAUCGGCCAGGAGUCGCGAUAAUCAUAUUGAUAACUAUGCAUAUUGUCGCCAUCGAGACGCCCGGACAGCCUGGAGAUAAGGCCAGAAAAGCACAGACACGUCACGUCGUGGAUGCUGAACCUGGUACCUUGAGCCUGCAAUCAUCACCAAAGGGGCAAUCAGAUUGCAGCAUGACAGCUGUUAUCAACCCAGCUAAUGCUGGCUAUCAGGGCCGUUAA